AUGCUCGUUCACACUGGUGAACGCUCUAAUAAAUGUACAAUAUGUGAUAAGGCAUUUGCACAAUUGAGUAACUUGAAACAACAUAUGCUCAUUCACACUAGGGAACGUCCUAACAAAUGUACAAUAUGUGCUAAGACUUUUACUCAAUCGAGUAGCUUGAAACAACAUAUGCUUAUUCACACUGGGGAUCGCCCUAAUAAAUGUACAAUAUGUGAUAAGGCAUUUGCACAUUUGAGUAGCUUGAAUAAACAUAUGCUUACUCACACUGGUGAACGAGCUCAUAUUUGUAGAAUAUGUGGUAAGAAGUUUAUACAUUUGUGCCAUUUGAAAGAUCAUAUGUUCAUUCACACUGGUGUACGAGCCUAUAUUUGUAGAAUAUGUGGUAAGAAGUUCAUACGUUUGAGUCAUUUGAAUCAACAUAUGCCCAUUCACACUGGUGAAAGCUGUAAUAAAUGUACAAUAUGUGAUAAGACAUUUAGACAAUCGAGUAGCUUGAAACAACAUAUGCUCAUUCACACUGGGGAGCGUCCUAACAAAUGUACAAUAUGUGAUAAGACUUUUAGACAAUUGAGUAGUUUGAAACAACAUAUGCUCAUUCACACUGGGGAACGUCCUAACAAAUGUACAAUAUGUGAUAAGACUUUUACACAUUCGAGUAGCUUGAAACGACAUAUGCUCAUUCACACUGGGGAACGUCCUAACAAAUGUACAAUAUGUGAUAAGACUUUUACACAUUCGAGUAGCUUGAAACAACAUAUGCUCAUUCACACUGGGGAGCGUCCUAACAAAUGUACAAUAUGUGAUAAGACUUUAGACAAUUGA